CACGUGACAGGCGUUGCCCUAAAACAGAACUGUUGCACGGUGGAGUCUGUUUACAGCUCAUUUCAGAGAAGAGGCAAUUUAUUUACGUUGUCUGUGGUGGUAGAUCCAAGGGGAACGCGGAUGUAACGGAUACCGAGCCUUCGUGUAACCGAAUUUCCACCAUGGCUGGGGAGAAUGCCUAUUCGCUGUCAAGCGUGAACGUGGUGCUCGUCAUGGCCUACGGGAGUCUGGUUUUUGUCCUGCUCUUCAUUUUUGUCAAGAGGCAAAUCAUGCGCUUCGCCAUGAAGUCCCGCAGAGGACCGCACGUGCCGCUGGGCCACAACGCACCUAAGGGCCUGAAAGAGGACAUUGACACGGCUCUAUCGAAAGUGCACGAGAUCCGCUAUGAGCCACGACUUCUGUCCGAGCAGGAUGACCGAUUGAAGCGCAGAGCCCCAAACGGUUGCUAUAACUAUCUCUACAGAAUGAUGGCCCUUGAUGCUAUCAGAGACUCAGAGCUCCCUUUUCAGGAGUUGGGCCGGAGUCCCAGCGCCCUCACAGGCCGUAGUUUUCGAACCUGGUUGGUUGAGCUGCGCAACUCUCACUCGGCUUUCAAAAGCAACCGCGGUGCCCUGAUUGACUCGCUGCUGGAAGGCUACGACAGCGCUCGCCAUGGGACAGGGGUGUUUGGAGAAGCAGAGUUUCUAAAAUACCAAGAAUCGCUAAAUGAACUUGCUGCUCUUGUGAAGGCCCACUCCAGCUCAACAAGUUUGAACCAGCAGCACCAGUCUGCAGCCAAGGAUCUGACCAGUUCCCCAGCUCCAGCUGCACCUUCCACUAUCCAGGUUACCUACCUUCCCUCUUCCGGCCAGCGCAGCAAGCGGCCCAAGCAUUUCCUGGAGCUCAAGAAUUUUAAGGACAACUAUAAUACGCUGGAGAGCACACUAUGAGUGCGUGGACCGAUAGCAUGUUGGGUAGGCCGAGAAGAGUAAGUUUAUGGCUAAUAAAGCAAGUUCCAAGUGUUGUAGGGACCAAAGGAAAAAACAUGGCAUGAAAGCCAAAACCAGGUAACUCACUGUGCGGGUGAGCAUAGUUGUGAGAAGACUGACAUAACUGUCAUCUGUUCACAGGUACAGUUUUGUUCAUCAGGCCUUGGGUCUAAAACCAAGUGGUAACCAUAAGGGGUCCAUUAUCCCAGUCAGCAUAAAGCUGUAUGUUACAGAAAACUACAGAAUAAUUCAAAAGCAACAUUUCCAAUUACUUUUAGAAGCCCGUGCUCAUCAUGGAGCUUAACUAAGAACAUCUUGUUAGUUCCCAUCUUUGAUGGUGAGAACUAUGGACCACUGGAAAUGCAGAGGAGGUAAAGAUGGGUGUAGAGCACAGCAGAGUUAGCUGUGAUGCAGCUUGGGACAGGCCAGUUGAACAUGUUUUUCUGUUUACAUCAGUCCAGGCUGAUAAGCCAUAGAGCAGUGCUUUUCACACCCACAUGUGGAUGACUUGAUGCAAGUGCACUUGUUUAACUUCUCAAAAUGGGGAAAAAACCUGUAUAGAAAUUCAAGAAUGUAUUUUUAAUUGAAUGAAACGGCAUAUGCAGUGAGACCAUGGUACAGGGAGGAGAAAGCUGUGCAAGUGUUUUGAUGCUGAAGCUGCAACAUCCUGUUUUGUUGCAAAAUUAAAGUUGAAAAAAUGGCAGAAGACUGUGCUUUGUCAUGCUCUUGGUAUUUAAAAAGGAUGAAGUAGUUUUGCAUUAAAAAGGUGCUGAAGCUUCCUCCUCCAUCUAACAGGUUUACAUAGUUUUUAAACUUGGACAACUAAUGCAGGCUGUUAAGACUAUUUUUUGAAGAGACCACCCCAAGGAAAAGGUAUUUGAUUGCUCUUUCUAUGCUUGACCACUAGAUGGAGACAUUUAGCCUUUUCUACUUAGGAAAAUUUACUCAUUAAAUAGCUGCUUUUCUCCAAAGCAACUUUCAGUCAACACUAGAUAGUAACAUCUACAUACCCUUUAUUCACCAAGGUGACUUCCAAUGCUAGACUACAGUGCAUUAUGUACAGUGAGUCAUUUAUACACCGGUGGAAAAAGCACACAACC